CCGACUUAUUGGAUUGUUGACUCAAGGUGUACAUCAUGGAAGACAAACGAAAUUAGCCAGUGCUUUGGCCGACGAUUGCAUUCACUCUCAGAGCCUUUCUAAACUGUAUAAAUUGGCCAUCUUGAGGUACCGGCGGUUCCGGACCGUCUAUCCAGAUCCACGGUCUCGACAGCUCCCAAUUCCUUUAAAUUGCAUCGCGUUGCUCUUCACAUACUAUCAUCUUCUCUCUCAUGUCCGAUAACCCUUCCUUUGUCUUGAACGCCAUCGAGAACGUUUCUUACGAGGAACGCCCCAUUCCAGACAUUGCUGAGGACGAUGUCUUGGUCAAGGUGAUGAAGACCGGUAUCUGUGGAUCCGAUAUUCACUAUCUCGUACAUGGUCGCAUUGGUGACUUCGUAGUCACUAACCCUAUGGUUCUUGGCCAUGAGUCUGCAGGUAUUAUUCAUAAAGUUGGAUCAAAUGUCAAGAAUGUCAGUGUAGGAGAUCGAGUUGCGGUGGAACCAGGCGCGACAUGCCGCACGUGUGAAGCAUGUAAAUCCGGCCGCUAUGAGCUAUGUCCCGACGUUAUCUUCGCCGCGACACCGCCCUAUGAUGGCACCCUUUGCCGUUACUACAAGGUUCCUUCCGACCUUACCUACACCCUUCCCGAAGGAGUCAGCCUUGAAGACGGCGCUAUGAUCGAGCCUUUAGCCGUGGGUGUUCAUUCCGUCGCCAACUUGGGUGGAUUCCGCUCUGGCCAAUCCAUUAUCGUCUUUGGCUGCGGUCCUGUCGGUUUACUCUGUAUGGCUGUCGCGAAGGCUCUCGGCGCCUCUCGCAUCAUCGCCGUCGAUAUCGUUCAAGAACGCCUCGACUUCGCAAAGAACUACGUUGCUACCGAUGUCUAUCUUCCCCUGCGUUUCAAUCCAGGGGAGAACAAAGUGGACUAUAGCAAGAGGAAUGGGGAUAAUCUGAAAGCUGUUCUCGGUGUCACCGAACGAGGAAAGAAAAGCCUCGAUUUGGUUAUAGACGCCAGUGGCGCUGAAGUUUCCAUUCAAACCGGAUUCCAGGUCGCCAAGUCAGGAGGAAUUGUUAUUCAGGUCGGGAUGGGGACGCCAGAUGUUCCUAUCAACAUGAGCAUGUUGACAAACAAGGAGUUGAACUACAAAGGCUCUUUUCGUUACGGUCCUGGAGAUUAUCCACUUGCCAUUGACCUUGUAGCACAAGGGAAAAUUGACUUGAAGCCUCUGGUGACACACAGAUUCCCUUUCCAAGAUGCCCUCGUUGCAUUCAAUACGACCAAAGCCGGAAAGAGUGCUGACGGUAAAGGUGUUAUCAAGGCCAUUAUAUCAGGACCCGACGUUUCACUGGAAGAUAAUUAGGUUUUGAUUCGGUACUUAAAAGAAGGUUCAGACUUGUCCAACCCUGGGGGUGAAUUUUGACAGAUUUUGCAAUGUACGCGGAAUGAAAUGAUAUAUCAAAUGUUGGUCGAU